AAAAUACAAUUUCUCGAGACGCUGACGCCAUUCUCAAAUGCAUUUCCACUCCGACCAUCACCUAGCUAGCAUCCAGAGCUUCAAAACCCACCUGGUUGUCUUCAUCAUAAAUUAUUUGCAUCCUUCUGGCAGUGUCCAGGAAAAAUCUGACGAGCGCAAAUAACCUGAAGAGAUUGCAGCUUCCAAAAUGUGGACUACAGUGUGCCUCCAAGACCCCGCUUUGAGCCAUCGAGCUGCCCAUCAUUCGUCCUACUCGCCCUCUGCCGUCAACCAGCAUCGGAACUCUGUAAUUGUUCAUUCCAAGGCAUCUUUUGCUGCGAUCCUCGCUGCUUCCAACAGUGAUACCGAUGUUUUGACUGCGUUUCAAGAAGGAUUACGACCGGCACGUGUGGCCUUGGCCGAUUUUUGUUCUCGGACUGUUGCCGAUUUCUUUCGCAAGAAUUUGCUGACCACUACUACUGCUGGAGACAAUCAACUGGCUUUGGAACCUUUGGAUUACGCGUGCACAGGAGGAAGACGCAAGAAGCAAGCCACCUUUACCAGUGGUCACACACCCUAUAUUUUGGAACGAACCGAUGUUUGGAGCACAAACGAAGAAGUCCACGUUAUGCUGCGAGCCCGUCUCACCAAUAAUACCACGGCAGCUGUCAAUGGCAAAAAUAUGCAAGACAGCAAUAAUACCAAUGGAAAUGGUGAAGUGGAACAGGCAAGCUCCAAACUUUUGAAUGGUUGUCUGGGUCCCCAAAAUGCUUCGUUUGUUUCGCAAGCCAUGAAUCACAUUGCUUGUGUGGUGGCACAAACUCGAUUGCGAUCCCGCUUGGAACAAUUGCAAGCCGUGGCUUUUAUUGCAGAUGGAUCUAUUUUGCCUCGAAAAAGUGGAGCCAACAAUGCUCCCAUGGCCAGUCCUCCAGCUGUCCCCUGUCAGGCUCCAAGCGAUAGCAAAAUGAAGCAAACUCUACAGGUGGAUUUGGGAUCUCUUCGACGAUUCCUAUUGACAGCACCCUCCGUUGCUCAGGAUGCUUCAAGCACCAUGUUCGAAAUCACCGGAAUGGUAGUCCCUAAAGGCAUCACAUUGGUUGCUGGUGGCGGUUAUCAUGGAAAGUCUACCAUCCUUCGAGCCAUUGCUGCUGGAGUCUACGACAAAGUGCCUGGUGAUGGUCGUGAAUUUUGCGUCACUGUUCCUGAAACAACUAGCAUCCGUGCGGAAGAUGGUCGCUACGUUCAAAACUGCAACAUUUCGGCAUUCAUCUCCAACCUUCCUACACCACCCGGAGUAAAAGAAACGGUAGAUACGACACACUUCUCAACCAACGAAGCAUCGGGAUCCACCUCGCAGGCUGCCAAUGUUGUAGAGGCGAUUGAAAUGGGCGCCAAAGUCUUUUUGGUGGACGAAGAUGUCAGUGCAGCUAACUUUAUGGCGAGAGAUGGCAGAAUGAGGGCGCUCGUCAUGGACGAAAGCAUCACUCCACUCUUGUAUCGGGUCAACGGGAUGUAUCAGUCUCUGGGGAUCAGUUGUAUCGUGGUGGUUGGAGGUGUUGGAGAUUGGCUUGACGUUCCCGAUCAGGUCAUUCUCAUGAACAAAUACGUUGCUUCUGAUGCCACCAAGAAGGCAGCCUCAAUUAGCUAUCAGUUUUCGCACGGUCAUGUACAAUACGCGGGCAAAGGAUUGGUUCAUCAACUCGAAUGGGAUAGAAAGGGAACACCCUUCGCACGUCGACCAACCGAUGGCUUUCUAAAGCAGUUUGAACCUGCGACCAGUGCCAUAUCUCUCCUCGACGGAGGGCAUGCCAUUUCUAUCCACCCUGUGGACACUGGUGAUGAUGAUGAUGCUACCAUGACUGACGUGACAGUCUUGGACGACGACGAUGACGGAUACAUUGACCUUUCACGCAGUGAACAGCUCAUGGGUAAGAAACCCCAGCUUUAUGCCUGUGGACAGUGCGUCUUGUGGCUCAUUCGGGAAGCCCAGGCUCAUCCGGGAGUUGGAAUGUCGGAGUUACUCUCCAAGUUGGAUGCGACAAUCGACAACAAGGGCAUGCUCGAGGUAUUCACAGCAAACUCUCCACUGGACCUAACCAAGUCUUCCCACUGGGUAAAUCUUCUCGCGGCUUCUGGGUUUGCCUUUCGUCCUCGAAAGUACGAAAUUGGUCAAGCAUUUUAUCGAAUGAGAGGAAUCAAGCUGGAGCAUAUCCCUGAGGAGGAAGAUGCUGAAGAGGAACGAAUCCGCAAGGAAGCAGAACGGCGAAAGCGCGAACUCGCGGAGUUGUGGGCAAAGCGACGGCCAAACAGCGUGAACGACCCGGCGGAGCAAUGAGUGUUCUCUACUCUCUAGCUAGGUAGGGAGCAACAAGUUCGGUAUUCUGUAGCUGACACACGACCACUAUAAGAACUCUUACAGCGUUGCAAUGCGCAUGCCAGCUAGAGAUCCCGUUGGUCAAACCUCGCGUUGUUUCGUCUC